AUGGCUGCUCAUGUCGAGGUUAUUUCAACCGAUCUGAGGAGAGUCAAGAUUAAGGUCACUCCAGGGACCUACAUGGUGGAUGUACUGGGCGAGGCUUGCAGGAAGUUCAACCUGAACAGUGACAAGUAUGAGCUUAAGUACGUUACUACACCCACUUUACUUUCCACUGCCGCAGCUAACAUGAACAGAUAUAAACAAAAGCUCGUUGAUUUAGCUGGGCCGUUCCGGACGUCGGGCCUCGGUCCCGGAGCUAAGCUCGAGCUCGUGCAAAAAUCGAAAAGCGCUUCGGUCGUGUCCAUCGCGCUUGAUGUCAACGGCCAGCGGUAUACCAAGAAGCUACCGAGCGACAUGACGUUGUGGAAAGUGUUGCGCCAGUUCGAAACGGCUGAGGCCGGUCUUAACAUUACCGACAGAGGAGUGCCCAAGGGCACCAACAGUGGCCAGCUCUACUACGAGGCCCCUGUUGUGAAUAUUAUGAAUAGGGAGUAUUCAGCCCUGGAAGAUCUUCAAAAAUCCCUGUCACAGUGUGGUGUUAGCUCCGGGAGCAUCGCCCUCAGAGUCUCGUUCAGGCUUACAGACACAACGCUGUUUGAGGCUAUGAAGAAGAUUGGUCAAUACCUCAACGAAGUCGACCCAGAGCAGCCUAAGGUUGAGGAAAACAAGCCGCCUACGGCACCUCCGGCUUUGGCGGCGAUCCGGACAGAUGCUACUCCUGCCAAAGAGACACCGAAUGCCGAGAACGAAAUUGGUACCGCUGAGGAAGCAACGAGGGUCGCGACAAUAGAGCCGAGCGCCGGGCCCGAACGCCCCGACCAACCUCCGCCAGAAGCCGCGGUAGAUGCCGACCCCCUACAGCCCAUUGGUGUCUUCUCAGCACCCUCAUCAUCAACCCCAGCAGCUGCCCGGAUCCAUGAGGAUGAUGAGGUUUACGAGCCGACAAUUGCUCAUGCGCAGCUGCGCCAACAACACUUGCAACAACGAGCCCAGAACACCCGUUUGAAGUCGGACGCCGAGCUGGCAGCUGAAGCGGCCGAGGAAGCGGCCAGGCUUGCCAAGAUCACCAGGGUAGAGGUCAAGGUUCGAUUCCCAGACCAGACUUCGGCAGUAUGGACAGUUACCCCGGAGGAGACUGGCGCCUUCCUUUACCAAGCCAUUCGCAGUCUCAUGGCUCACCCCACCCAGCCUUUCAAGCUUAUCAUACCGGGGCCAAAGACUCUAAUCCAGGAGGACGACAAACGUCUAAUUGCUGGAUACCGCCUCAAAGGCCGCGAAAUGUUGCACCUUCUGUGGGACGACUCGGUGCCCCAUACGUUACGCAACGGACCGUUCCUCAAGAACAGUGUGGCUAGUAAGGCUCAAGAAGUUGUCAUUCCUGAGAUUCCGCAAGACACCGCAGACGAGGAAGCCGAUGCUGCUGGCCCUUCGAAUAGGCCGGUCAAAAAGGAGAAGAGCGGCAUGGACCCCGAGGCGGUCAAAAAGAAACUCAGCAACUUUCUUAGGCUUAGCAAGAAAUAA